CAUUUUACUUCAAACGUUCAUUCUCGACACAGCUCUCAACAUAUUUGAACACAACUCACAAUGGGAGACGUUGAAAAAGGCAAAAAGAUCUUUGUUCAAAGAUGUUCCCAGUGUCAUACCGUUGAGAAAGGAGGAAAGCAUAAAACCGGCCCUAACCUUCACGGACUUAUAGGACGUAAAACUGGUCAAGCUCCUGGUUUCAGCUACACUGAGCAUAACAAAAACAAGGGAAUCAUUUGGGGAGAGGACACUCUGAUGGUCUACUUGGAAAAUCCUAAAAAGUACAUCCCAGGAACAAAAAUGAUUUUCGCUGGUUUAAAGAAAGAAAAGGAAAGAAAAGAUUUGAUCGCUUAUUUACUCUCGUCAACUAAAUGAAGAGAAUUGCUUAGGGAAUCAUACUAUCGACAUCGUCAUUAAUUCUGUUAUCUCGAUGUUAAUAAUAUGAAAAAUAGAUAAUUUAUAUGAUACAAAUCGUUGCGUUUCUGACGAAUAUAGAAUACAUAUUUUCAUGUGUGUCCUCUAACGAUAUGGCGUCCUAAGAACGUGUGAAUCACGUUUCCUUAAAAAAAAUAGCUAUGACUUAUUGCGUAAGGAACACGUGUUU